UAGGAAUAUGCAGCAACUCGCCGCUUAAAAAAUGAGACCGCUAUCCUGGUUCUUCUAUUGCUUAGUCAGCAUAUGCCAUUUUUUAAAAUUAAAAUUACUUCUUGGAUCUUGCAAUUUUUUGGAAAUAUUAAUAUUCAAUUUACCUGACUUUGUAUUAUAAUUAUAGUAUAAAUAGUUUUUUGGACAUAAAUCAUUGAUUGUCAAUAACAAUGAAUAACUAUCCUCCUCCUCCUCCAUCGCCGCCUCCACCACCUCCUUCACCACCUCCACCACCAUCUCCACCACCAUCUCCUCCUUCAUUACAUCCAAUAUUUCGCGACAGUGAUUUAUUACCACCUCCACCACCACCACCUUUAGAUUCCAUUGAAUCGGACAAAUUUUCUGCUCAAAUAGAUAGUGCUCAUGACACCCAUCCUGUUUUGAAUUUUUAUGAGGAAUUUAAUGAUAUUGAUCUUGAUAAUGAUAAUGAAUUGAUGCAAAGACAAAAAGAAUGGUUUCGAAUCCAGAAAUUAAGAUUCAAACCAAAAGUAUCUUCAAAAAAACGAUUUGGUGGUUUGGUGCACCCAAAAAAAUUUGAAAUGCCUCCUGAACAUUUAAGAAAAAUUAUUUUUGACCAUGGAGAUAUGUCCUCAAAAUUUUUUCAGAAUGAUAAAAGAUCAUUUCUAGGGUCUUUGAAAUACAUGCCUCAUGCAAUUUUAAAACUAUUAGAAAAUAUGCCUCAACCUUGGGAGCAAAUUAAAGAGGUAAAGGUUCUAUAUCAUACUACUGGUGCUAUAACAUUUGUAAAUGAAACUCCGAGAGUUAUUGAACCCGUCUAUAUUGCCCAGUGGGCAACCAUGUGGUUGAUGAUGAGAAGAGAAAAAAGAGAUAGAAGACAUUUCAAAAGAAUGAGAUUUCCACCAUUCGAUGAUGAAGAACCACCUUUAGAUUACAUGGAAAAUAUUGAGGAUUUAGAACCUCUCGAUUCAAUACAGCUAGAACUUGAUAAAAAUGAAGAUAAAAAUGUUUAUGAUUGGCUUUAUGAUUAUAAACCGUUAUUGGAUAGUAAAUACCAUGAAAAUAAUCCCAAAUUGAACUUUAUAAACGGUUCUUCUUAUAAAAAAUGGAAUCUAAAUUUAAAACAAAUGGCUGAUCUUUUAAGAUUGUCAACUCCAUUGUUAUCCGAAAAUAUUGAUAAAAAUUACUUUUUUCUUUUUGACAAAGAAUCAUUUUUCACUGCAAAAGCUUUAAAUAUUGCCAUACCUGGUGGUCCAAAAUUUGAACCGCUAUAUAAAGAUAUUGAACCUGAACUAGAAGACUAUGGUGAAUUUAACUCAAUUGACAGAGUAAUAAUCAGAAUUCCUAUAAAAACUGAAUAUAGAAUAAGUUUUCCUUAUCUUUAUAAUUCUUCAGUGCGAUGUGUCGAAGCUAGUUCUUAUAGUGAACCUAUUAAUUUAUAUAUUAAAAAUGAUAAUCCUGAUAUUCCCACUUUUGAAUUUAAUGAAAGUUUCAAUCCUAUAACACAGAGAAAUUUAGUUACAAAUAAAGAUUUACGAAAAUUUGAGGACUAUGGAUUUGAUCCAAUUACUGGGGAUGACCUUGAUGAUGAUUUUAAAAUUUUGCCAUCAAAAAUAAAACCAUUUUUGGCUUCAGAAAAUUUGGAAAAUGAGAAGGUGAAUAGUGCUAUUCAACUAUGGUGGUCACCUUAUCCUUUUAAUCGUCGAUCAGGCAGAAUGGUCAGAGCGCAAGAUGUCGCGCUAGUCAAGAAAUGGUAUUUGCAACAUCCUCCUCCUGGUUAUCCUGUCAAAGUUAAAGUUUCCUACCAAAAGUUAUUGAAAACUUAUGUGCUUAAUGAAUUGCACAAAAAGAACCCAAAAGUAACAAGGAAUAUUAGAAAAGUAAAAUUAUUAAACUCUCUCAGAAAUACUAAGUUUUUUCAACAAACAUCUAUUGACUGGGUCGAAGCAGGUCUACAGGUCUGCAAACAAGGCCAUAAUAUUUUAAAUUUACUAAUUCACAGAAAGGGUCUAGUUUAUCUUCAUUUAGAUUAUAAUUUUAAUUUAAAACCAACUAAGACAUUGACCACAAAAGAAAGAAAGAGAUCUAGAUUUGGUAAUGCAUUUCAUCUUAUGAGAGAGAUUUUGAAAGUUAUUAAACUUUUAGUAGAUGCUCAAGUUCAAUACAGAUUAGGUAACGUUGACGCCUUUCAAUUAGCCGACGGGAUAUAUUAUAUUUUGAAUCACUUGGGUCAAUUAACUGGUAUCUAUCGUUACAAAUAUAAAGUAAUGCAUCAAAUAAGAUCUUGCAAGGAUUUAAAACAUGUUGUCUAUUACCGAUUUAAUGUUACAAUUGGGAAAGGUCCUGGGUGUGGUUUUUGGCAGCCUGCUUGGAGAGUUUGGAUAUUUUUCUUAAGAGGUAUAAUUCCCUUAUUAGAAAGAUGGCUAGGGAAUUUGUUAGCUAGACAAUUUGAAGGUAGACAUUCGAAAGAAGUUACCAAAACUAUCACUAAGCAAAGAGUUGAUUCGUAUUAUGAUCUCGAAUUAAGAGAUGCUGUUAUGCAUGAUAUAUUAGAUAUGAUACCCGAAGGAAUAAGACAGUCUAAAGCUAAAACAAUUCUUGCUCAUUUGAGUGAGGCCUGGAGAUGUUGGAAGGCAAAUUUGCCAUAUAAAGUUCCAGGGUUGCCUGGUCCUAUACAACAAAUAAUUAAUCGUUAUAUUAAAGCCAAAGCAGAUGGCUGGAUUUCCGUUGCACAUUAUAAUAGAAAAAGAAUAAGAAGUGGCACUAAUAUUGAAAAAACUGUUGCAAAAAAGAAUCUUGGUAGAUUGACCAGGUUAUGGCUAAAAAACGAACAAAAUCGUCAAAUAAGUUUUCAAAAAGAUGGACCUUACAUAUCAACGGAUGAAGCUAUCACAAUACAUUCUCUCAUGGUUCAGUGGCUAGAAGAUAGAAAAUUUCAACCAGUUCCGUUUCCUCCACUAAGUUAUAAGUAUGAUACAAAAUUACUCGUGCUAGCAUUAGAUAAUUUAAAGGAAGGGUUCGGAUCCAAAGGACGAUUAAAUGCGAGUCAGAGGGAAGAAUUAGCUUUGUUAGAACAGGCAUAUGAUAACCCACAUGAUUGUCUUAACAGAAUAAAGAGGUUUAUUUUGACUCAAAGAGUAUUUAAAGAUGUGAACCUUGAUAUGAUGGAUUAUUAUGAUUAUAUUCAACCAACAUAUGAAAUUGAUCCUUUAGAAAAAAUAACAGAUGCCUAUUUAGAUCAGUAUCUAUGGUUUGAGGCUGAUCGUAGACAAUUAUUUCCUAGUUGGAUAAAACCUUCAGAUUCAGAAAUCCCCCCUUUGAUGACGUAUAAGUGGUGUCAGACUAUUAACAAUCUAGAAGAUGUUUGGGACACUUCUAAAGGUCAGUGUAAUGUUAUGUUGCAAACAACUCUAAAUAAGAUUGCAGAGAAGAUAGAUUUUACAUUACUUAAUAGACUAUUACGAUUAAUAAUCGAUCCCAAUAUCGCUGACUAUGUCACUGCCAAAUAUAAUGUUUCUAUUAAUUACAAAGAUAUGAGUCAUGUUAACACUUAUGGAAUUAUAAAAGGCUUAAAAUUCUCAUCAUUUGUAUUUCAGUUUUAUGGGUUGAUAAUUGAUUUGUUACUUCUUGGUCCAGAAAGAGCUGCUGAACUAGCAAAUAAUGAAACUAACGAUGAGCAUCCAAUUAAACUCUAUUGUCGUUACAUUGAUAAGAUAUACAUGUUUUUUAGGUUUGAAAAUGAAGAUGCUGAUGAUUUGAUUAAAGAUUUUCUUUCGGAGAAUCCUGAUCCAAAUUUUGAGAAUGUUAUUAAUUAUAAUAAUCGUCGUUGUUGGCCUAGGGAUCAGAGAAUGAGAUUAAUGCGUCAUGAUGUUAAUCUUGCUAAAGCUGUUUUCUGGCAAAUUAGUUAUCGUGUUCCAAUGUCGUUAACAUCCUUAGAAUGGGAUUCUGAUGAUACUUUUGUGUCCGUUUAUAGUAAGGAUAAUCCCAAUUUGUUGUUUACGAUGUGUGGCUUUGAAGUUAGAAUAUUGCCAAAAUGCCGAUUAAAUGAAGAUUCUUCUGUUAAAGAGGGAACUUGGAAACUUAUUAAUCAAGAAACAAAAGAAAGGACAGCAAUAGCCUAUCUCCAAGUAUCACAGGAACAAGUGAAAAAGUUUAAUAACCGUAUCAGACAAAUUUUGAUGUCUUCUGGGUCGACUACAUUUACAAAGAUAGCAGGUAAAUGGAAUACGGCGUUAAUUGCAUUGUUUUCAUAUUUUAGAGAAGCUGUUAUAUCAACUGAAUCAUUGCUUGAUUCUUUAGUUAAAUGUGAAACAAAAAUUCAAACAAAAGUUAAAAUGGGAUUAAAUUCAAAGAUGCCUACUCGUUUCCCUCCUGCUGUAUUUUAUACUCCAAAGGAAUUGGGAGGUCUUGGAAUGCUAAGUGCAUCUCAUAUUUUAAUCCCUGCUUCUGAUUUAAGAUGGUCUCAACAAACAGACACAGGAAUUACACAUUUUCGUUCAGGUAUGACACAUCAAGAUGAAAAAAUAAUCCCAACAAUACAUAGAUAUAUUUUAUCUUGGGAAGAGGAAUUUACUGAUUCUCAGAGAGUUUGGGCAGAAUAUGCAAUCAAAAGAAAAGAAGCAAUCCAGCAAAACCGUCGUCUUGCUUUUGAGGAUAUGGAAGAUAAUUGGGACCGAGGUAUUCCAAGAAUAAGUACAUUGUUUCAAAAGGAUCGACACACACUUGCUUAUGACAAAGGUCAUCGUAUUCGAACAAUUUUCAAACAAUAUUCAAUGACAUUAUACAAUUCGUUUUGGUGGACAAGUAAUUUUCAUGAUGGUAAAUUAUGGAAUUUAAAUGCAUAUCGUACGGAUGUUAUUCAGGCUCUUGGUGGUAUUGAAACUAUUUUAGAACAUACUCUAUUUAAAGCAACUGGGUUUGAUUCUUGGGAAGGCUUAUUUUGGGAAAAAGCUUCUGGUUUUGAAGAUUCAUUAAAGUUUAAAAAAUUAACAAAUGCCCAAAGAUCCGGUUUGAGUCAAAUACCUAACCGUCGUUUUACGUUAUGGUGGUCUCCAACAAUUAAUCGUGCAGAUGUUUAUGUCGGUUUUUUGGUGCAGUUAGAUUUAACUGGGAUAUUUCUUCAUGGGAAAAUACCCACUUUAAAAAUUUCAUUAAUUCAAAUUUUCCGUGCUCAUUUAUGGCAAAAAAUUCAUGAAAGUGUUGUUUUUGAUAUUGCACAAGUUUUUGAUCAGGAAUCUGAACAAUUACAAAUUGAUUCUGUUCAAAAAGAGGCGAUCCAUCCUCGUAAAUCGUAUAAGAUGAAUUCAUCAUGUGCAGAUAUAUCAUUGGCUAGUUCAUACAAAUGGUCAGUGAGCAGACCAUCAUUGUUGUAUGAUAGAAGUAAUGAGUUUAAUGCAACUACGACCGAAAAAUACUGGAUUGAUAUUCAAUUGCGUUAUGGAGAUUAUGAUUCGCAUGAUAUUUCUCGAUAUGUCCGAUCUAAAUUUCUUAGUUAUACUACGGAGGCUUCAAAUUUAUAUCCCUCGCCAACAGGUGUUAUGAUUGCUAUUGAUCUUGCUUAUAAUAUGUAUGAUGCAUAUGGGAAUUGGUUUCCAGGUUCCAAACAAUUGGUGCAAAAUGCGAUGAGAACUAUAAUGAAAGCCAAUCCAGCGUUAUAUGUUUUGCGAGAAAGAAUUCGUAAAGGGUUGCAUUUAUAUCAGUCUCAGCCACAAGAAGCAUUUUUGAAUUCUACAAAUUAUUCCGAGUUGUUUGGAAAUGACACGCAAUUUUUCAUUGAUGAUACAAAUGUUUAUCGUGUUAUUGUGCAUAAAACGUUUGAAGGUAAUAUUGCUACAAAGCCUAUAAAUGGAGCAGUAUUUAUAUUUAAUCCUAAGACAGGAGAGUUGUUUUUAAAGAUUAUUCAUGCAAGUGUGUUUGCUGGACAAAAGAGAUUGGGGCAAUUAUCAAAAUGGAAAACGGCAGAAGAAGUGACAGCGUUGAUCCGAUCGCUUCCAAAAGAAGAACAACCAAAACAAUUGAUUUUGACAAGAAAGGGAUUGAUGGAUCCAUUGGAAAACCAUAUGUUUGAUUUUCCAAAUAUUCGAAUUCGGUUAUCAGAGUUGCAGUUGCCAUUUCAAGCAGCAAUGAAAAUUGAAAAGUUGGCGGAUAUCAUUUUAAAAGCCAAUGAGCCCAAAAUGGUGUUAUUCAAUCUCUAUGAUUCUUGGUUGAAAACGAUAUCCUCCUACACAGCAUUUUCUCGUCUUUUAUUGAUCUUAAGGGCGCUUCAUAUUAAUCAAGAAAAGGCCAAAUUAAUCUUGGUGCCUGACAGCAGUGUUGUUGUUGAAGAACAUCAUAUUUGGCCCACAUACAAUGAUAAAGAGUGGUGCGAGAUUGAAAUUAAAUUGAGAGAUUUGAUUCUUAAUGAUUACGGGAAGAAAAGUAAUGUUGAUAUCAAAUCGUUAACACAGUCUGAGAUUCGGGAUUUAAUAUUGGGACAAAAUAUUAAAGCGCCAUCAGCCAAGAGACAGCAAAUCGCUAAGAUUGAAGAACAAAAUGGAGAAACUUUGAAUAGUGAGGAACCAUCACAGCUAACAGCAAUGACGACCAAAACUACGAAUGUUCAUGGAGAAGAAAUUGUUACAGUAACAACUAGUAAUUAUGGACAAAAGACCUUUUCAUCCAAGACGGAAUGGAGAAACCGGGCUAUUUCGACAACAAGUUUACAUUUGCGUGCUAAGCACAUUUAUGUCAACUCGGAUGAAAUUCUUGAUGAUGAUAGUUAUACCUAUGUCUUGCCUAAAAACUUGUUGAAAAAGCUUAUUUUGAUAUCAGACUUGCGGACCCAGGUUGGAGGAUUCUUGUAUGGAAAAUCACCAAAAGAUUUUGAGAAAGUAAAAGAGAUCAAGUGCAUUGCUUUAGUUCCCCAACUAGGAAACCUCAACUCGAUUGAAUUUCCGAAAAAGCUACCCAGUGAGGAAUUUCUCAAGAAAAACAAGCUCGAACCAUUGGGAUGGAUACACACACAGUCUCAAAUUCCACAGAUGAUGAGUGCGAUGGACAUAAUGACCCAGUCGGGGAUAAUGAGGGAGAACCCUGAGCUGUGGGAGGCUUCCAAGGUGAUUGAUUUGACGGUGUCGUUCACACCAGGCUCUGUGACUUUAGCAGCGUACAACUUGAGCGAGAAGGGACGCCAAUGGGGGUUGAGCAACAGGGACUUGAGCUCCAGUGAGCCCCAGGGGUUCUUGCCGACGUUUGGAAAGAAGUCGCAGUUGAUUCUCUCAGACAAGAUGAUGGGCUUUUUCAUGGUGCCAGACACAGAUGUGUGGAACUACUCGUUCAUGGGCAUUGAGUGGAACGCCGCCGACGACUACGAGUUGAAGGUGGACAUCCCGCUUCCCUUCUACCACGAGCUGCACCGCCCCAUCCACUUCAGCAACUUCAACGAGCUCGAGAACGAUGAGCUUGAGGUGGACCAGCAGGACGUGUUUGCGUAACGCCAAGCGCCAACUGCCACAAACCAAGCUCGAAAACCAUGCUCCAGGCUCCCAGCGCAAAGCACCGCGCUCCGGUGUCGUGUCGCACACGAGCACCAAGGGAGUACCGAGGGAGCGCUCAUUUCCGGACAGUGCGCUGUCUGGCACUGCCGGUUGGUCACAUGAUGCAAUCUUUUUAGGUGCUUUUUUACCACUGUUAGGCUUU